AUGAGAAAAAGAGAUUCUCAGCAGCAGCCAGGGGAAGGCAAGGUCGUUUCCCAGAUCUAUCCAACUCUGCGCCUAGAGAUUGCGAAGGAGUAUGACCAAACAGCGAUCAAAUUCCUUGUGAAUGGAAUGCGCUUAUAUCCAUCUACCUUUGCCGAGAAACAGAAGACACAUUUUCUACACCCUGAAAUCUACACCUCAGGGCUUCCCACGCCUAUCCAAGAUGUCUACACGCUCUGCAGGCUCCAAUCGCAGACCCAAAUGGACAAAAGUAACAGAGAUGUCCGACUAAUGUUUCAACAUAAGUUUCUUGAAUUCAAACGGCUUUUUGUCAAGUCACCGACAUUUGAAGAGUUACUUGGUUGCUCGCAAGCGUUGAUACUUCUUCAAUGUUUCCUCUCUUUGGAUGAGGACAGUCACAUUGAAUAUUCUGACAGUCUUGGAACGAUAUUGGAGCAGAUUGCCGAGAGACUGUGGGAGCAGGCGCCUAUACAACUUUCUUCAACACUCAGUCCCCGACAUGCGUGGCUUCUAGCCGAAAGUGUUCGGCGCACUAUCAUCGUAAGCUUGAUGCUACGUAGUGCCUAUUCUUUGAAGACCAGGAACUACUCGGUUCGCACGCCUUUCAUUGAUGCCCUUCCAUUUGAUAUUCGAAUGCAUCUUUGGGAUGAUGAUUAUGGGUCUACAUGGCCAGAUCAAGAAUCUGACUCUUCUGGGUCAAUGAUUUCUCUACAUGGAUAUUCUGAUGCCAUGGAAAAUGGCCAUGUACAUGAUAUCACACCAUUUGGUGCGUUGAUAUUGGCAGCUUGCAAAGGGAAAAGAGUGUCUGCCGUGCCAUUCCCACCGACGCAAUCCUAUAUUACCCACUAA